GGGAUCUCUCUCCGGCCGUUACUGGGAAGCAGAUGGUGGGGAGGGUGACCAUGGCCACGGCGGCUUCCCCAUCCGACAAGGACGGGGAUGCUCAGCCAUGUAAGAAACGGAGAGAAGAUGAUCCUUCUGUUAAAGCAAUUACAAACUAUUUUUCACCAUUAGCAAAAAAUGUCGAUAGAGUGUUGUCACCACCAAAAUCCAACAAUAUAAUGGAUUACUUUAAAAAAACUUCCCCUUCUAAUGAGAAAAUUGUUUCACCUGUGGCAGAGAAGGAAAGUAAGAAAAGUAUAUUAUCCCUGGAAAUCUCUUCAAAACCUUUGACAAAACUUAAGAGGAGAGGAAAGAGAUGUAAUUUAAAUAAUAAAUUAAAAGAUAUGAAAACACUUGAACAUGAUUCAGUGAAUGAUAGUGAAAAAUGCAGUCUGAAGGAUGAGGACUUGAAAACUCAUUCAAUUGGUCAAAAUGCACCUGAAUUGCUUGACCCUAGCAUGGAAGGAAUGUUAAAUGAUUGCAGCAAAAACUCCUCCAAUGCUGUCAGUGGCAAAGAUGAAGAAAUAAAACAGAAGAUAGAAGAUAAAGUAAUAAAUAAUAACUUUAAAAGAUCUAAGAAAAGGAAGCAUAAGGAUGAGACAGAUGUCCCUGAAAGUUUUAUUCCUGAAACUCAGUUAAGUGAACAAUCUAAAGAAGCUGAUGAGAUACAACUUGUUUCUACAAGUGAGCCUGAAAAUAAAAGCACUUUAGGACUUGAGAGUAAAAGUCAUGAGACACUACAGUUAAAUGAAAGCACAGUGACUGUGUCAUUUGAAGACUUUCUGAAAAGCCAAAGAGAAAAUAAAGUUGAUCAAAUAUCAGAAGACCAAACACCUGACAAUUCUGUUGUGUUGUGUGAAAGUGUCAGCUGCCAAACUGCUCAGCCAUCGCCACUUAAGAAAGUAACUGUCCUUGCGGAAAUUCAUCCUGUUCCUCCAAAAUCUCUCUCUUCUAGAAAAAUAGCUUCUAUCUUUUUAAAACAGAAAGCCAAAGCAGCUAAAAGACAAAGCAAUUUGUCUACUCCCAAGGUGGAGUCUACUGAGCAAAUUACCCAGAAAAGAAAAUCUAAUGUUGUGAUAGCAGAGGAAGAGUUAGAGCUGGCUGUGUUGGAAACUCAAAGUUCAGAGACUGUGAAGUCCAAAUGCACUGCAGAAGAAAGAUCCCAGUUCAUGAAAGCUUUUAGACAACCAGAAUCAGAUACAGUAAAAAAUGGAGCUAAAAAGGGAUUUGCUAAACAGAAGGAAAUGAGAGAAAACUCUUCAAACCUCAAAGAAGAAAUAGAAGAAAGUGAGGAGGCUUCUAACAAAAAAAAUGAAGUUCCAAAAGAUUGUGUUGCUAGUGAUUUUCGUAAUACUGGCAGACAUUGUGGUGCUCGUUUGAAAAAUAACAAGCUCAGUAGGAAACGGCUGACAUUGGAAACAAAGGUGGAAGAUUUAACUAUUAAUGGAAACCAGAACAGUAAUGCUAAUAGUCAAAUUAAGGUAACUGCAGUGGAGACCCAGAACAAAUUGCAUCAGAGUGGAUUGAGAAGAAGUUCACGGCAAAAGAAAAAUGAAGCUUCCAUAAACGUUACACCAAAAAAGGGGAACAUUUCAGGGGCUAUUACUGAAAAUACGCCUGGUGAUAGCCCUCUACAGGCUUCUACUCCCAAAACAAACAAUAAUUCCUCCAGUAAAAGUAACAUGUAUAAGGCUGAGGUGAUAACUGAGCCCUUUGAUGCAAAGAGCCCAAUAAGGAUGAAAUUCACCAGAAUUAGUACCUCUGAAGGCUUUUCACCACAGAGUAUAAAGAUGAAUGCUACUAGUAACAAUAUAUCCAAAGCAAAAAAAUUGAUUGAGAAAGCAAAGGCUCUACAGCAUAACAAGGCAAGGAUUAUGGAAGAGACAUUGUGCGCACCUCUAAGACGCUCUUCUAGACAACAGGCUGUUGCUGAAAAGAAAAACCCGCAAAAUGCAGAAGAAUCUGUGAUUAUUUUGGAUUCGAGUCCAAGCGAUGUUACUACUAUAUCAGAAGUUAUGGAGAAGCAGAAGAUUCUUCAAAAUUUGAAUGAUGUUUUGGGAAAAAAGGCUGGAAAUACAAAAGCAACUAAAAAAUCAAGUGGCAAAGAAAAAGUGUCUUCGUUAUUCAGGAAAAAGGUUCAGAAGCCUGCAGUUGAAACCAUCAGGAUCUCUGAUGAAAGCAGUGAAGAUGAAUCUGAAAAUUCUCAAGAUGAUGAGCAAUUCAAAGCAAAACGUAAAUUUUUGAUGAGUGGUUUGCCAGAGUCGCUGAAAAGGCAAAUUGCAAAGAAAGCAGCAGCUUUGGAAGCAUAUUCUGCAACAAAUUCCUGUCUUCGAACAGUGGGCCAUGUGCAGCAGAAGGAUGAGGCGUGCUUGAUGUGGAAGUUGACACCACCCUCUUGCCCUCUCUUAACUAAUCUAAGAGAGAAUUUGGAAGUAACUGACAUUGCACAGUGUACUUUCUCACUUGGUGAAUUUUCAGUUUUAAAAGCUCAGUCUAAUAGCACUGAUUCUGCAAUUAUUACGUCAUCUGGUUGGCGGCCAGUUCUUUCUGAAACACUGAGGAAUUGUUUGUUGGAAGAGAUAAAGGCUUCUAACCCCCAGUUUCCUGCAAAAAGGUUUUUUGAUAUACUCCUGAAAAAACAAAUCACUCCUGAAACUAAUAAACAAGUAAACAAAUGUGAAGCUGUAAUCAGGGCAAGCAUGAAAUCUGACAAUCGGCGAGAGAACAAAAGAAAACGAAAAACUGAGGGCCAUAAACACAAAAGAAGGAAACAGACAGAAAAGGCAGAUGUGAAACUGUCCGAUACAGCUUCCAAAGAACUGUGUGUAAAACAAGAAGGCAUGGAAAACAAAACCCACACAGUGGACACAGAUGAGACUGAACCCCCUGAAAUUAUAACAAUAGAAGAUGGUGAUGUGAACACGGAAAUAAGUUCUAUUUCUGAUUCUGCCAAUGAAGAUGUGCUCUGGACAGAGAAAUAUCAGCCACAGAACUCCAAUGAGCUAAUAGGCAACACUGCAGCAAUUAAAAAACUACACAGGUGGCUGAGUGAAUGGAAAAAAAGGACUUAUUUGGAAGAAAACAGAGCCCAAGAGGAAGAAGAAAGUGGCAGUCAGCAAGAAUCCUUCGACAGCAUGGAUUUUAAAGAUGACAAAUCAUACAGUGAUGAAGAGACUGAACUAUGCAAUACCGUGCUGCUAAUUGGGCCACCAGGCAUUGGAAAGACUGCAGCAGUUUAUGCUUGUGCACAAGAGCUUGGCUUCAAGAUAUUUGAAGUUAAUGCUUCUUGCCAGCGCAGUGGAAGGCAAAUUCUUUCUCAGCUGAAGGAAGCUACUCAGUCUCACCAGGUGGACAAGCAAGGUGUAAACGCCCAUAAGCCCUGCUUCUUUAACAGUACUAAAUCACCAAGAAAAUUCCCUCCCAGAAAAGAGUGGUCUCCAAAGAAGCCUCCAGUUUCCCCCAGAAGAGCUGGAUUAAAGCAAAGCUUGGCACCCAAAACAUUAACAAGCUAUUUCAAAAUGUCUUCCAAGGAACGAAAAGUACAACAGCAAGAAAACAACAAAGAAAGAAAUGAAAGCUUAUCUGAAGAUAAAGAUCAGAUUAAAUCAAUGAAAAGGGGAACUGGAGAAGAGGAAUCAAGUAAAAAAAGUGCAACUUCUCUCAUCCUCUUUGAAGAGGUUGAUAUAAUACUAGAUGAAGAUGUUGGAUUUCUAAAUGCAAUAAAGACAUUCAUGGCCACUACUAAGAGACCUGUCAUUCUUACUACUAAUGAUCCAUCAUUCAGCUUAAUAUUUGAUGGCUUGUUCGAGGAAAUCACCUUCACUGUUCCUUCUUUGGUAAACGUUGCUAGCUACCUCCAAGUUCUGUGUUUGGCUGAGAACUUACGAACAGAUAUAGGUGACUUGUCUGCUUUGCUAACUACAAAUAAUUGUGAUAUCAGACAAAGUAUUCUCCAUUUACAGUUCUGGGUUAGGAGUGGAGGUGGCUAUCUGAAAGGAAAAAAAAUAGUGCUUCAUGGUAAAGAGAUUACGUGCACUGAUGAUCCUGCUAGUUGUAAGACUACUGAGCUGCCUCUCUUAAAAAUUCCAAAGUGUGACACUGGCUGCAUUGAAAGCUUGCUUGGCCUGAAGAACAUUUUUCUGCCUUCAGAAGACUUGCUCUCAUUUCUUAAGCAUGAAAUCACAUCCAAAGAAGAAUGGAGUAAGCUAAUUCAUCUCCUCACAGAAUUCCAGGUGAAGAAUGUAGACUUUAUUUAUAGUAACCUUGAGUUAACUUUACCAUUACCAGUUACUGUACUUUCAAAACCAGCUCAGAUGGUGAACCUUCCACUUAAAACAAUCACAGAAAAAAAAUCAAAUCAUGCACCCCUUGAUGGUGACUGCUUGGAGGAAGCCAGCCCAAUGAAAAAGUCUAAACAGACCAAGCACCGGAGAAAAAUGGCUCUGUUGGAUGAUAGUGAUUUAUUUGAGAGUGAGCUGAACUAUUCUGGGCUCAUCACUGUGCCAUCUGAUGUAUCUACCUCAUGCAUGGAAGAAGAAAAAGGUGGACUGAAACCUGCAACUGAUAGCACAAUAACAUUGAGCAGUGGAAUGACAGAAGCAAAAGGCUCAGCUCAUGCAUUCCAGUGCCUAAAUUCAUUAGCGGAAUUUGAGGAAAAUAUGUCUCUCUUAGACUAUUGCUUAAAUAAUAAGACUCAAAAAUCAAAGCAAUCUUGUAAAUAUGAGGAAUUUAUUUGGACAAAAGGCAAAAUAAAACAUGGGCUGUCCGAUGACUUUAGUGAGGAGCGCACAGAUUGGUGGAGUUCCAAAAACAGCAGUGAAUUGAAAGCAGCUAUGGAGGCACUGGCCUUCAAGAAAUGUUCUAACGAUGUUUCAAAAGCCAUGCAAAGGUGUUUGAAUGCUGGAAAAGAUGGAUUUGAAGAACUUACACUCUGUAUUUCCAAAGAGCAGACCAAUUUACACUUUGGUCAGUUGUCAGCUAAUUCCAGCAUUCAUGAAAAAGCCCAGAAGAGGUUGGAAAUAAUCAAAGCUGCCUUUUCCAAUAGAACUCCUUUCAAUUUGAGCAGCAGACAAGCCAGUAUUAUAGAAUACUUGCCUACUCUCCGCAACAUCUGUAAGUCAGAGAUGCAGAAAGAACAAGGAAAAACAAAAAGAAGAUUUCUCCAUUACCUUGAAGGAAUUCACUGUGAUUUUCCACGAGAAGUUUUGAGCAGUCUGGCAGCUGACUUUCCUUAAAGUGGUUGAUGCCAUGAACGCCUUUGUACAUAUAAAAUCAUUUUAAAUGUAUAUUCAAAGUUCUGUUUAUAUUUUGAUUCUAUUUAAAAACACAAAAUUGUAUAUAUGUACUGUAAUGGUGCUAAACUUUCUUAUUGUACUGAAAUCUACACCAGCAGUGUUCAAAUAACAACUGGAUAAACUUUAACCUUUCAGUAUGUGGCUUCGGUUUUUAAGGAGCUAUUUCUGUGGCCAGUUGCACGUUUAGCAGCAGGUGACAUAUUUAAGCCACUCUUCCAAUUUCCUCAUAAAUGUUCUAUUUCCUAGAAAAUACUAGUCAAAUGAUUGAAAUCUCUUGCAAUUAAACUAAAUUUGGUUUUAUAGCUGUGUCUGUGUAAUAGAUUUGUCUCCAAUAUGCUGAGAUAUUCUAUUGUGAAGCAUCAGUUCUGUGUAAGGCAUGCUUUUAUAUCAGCAGUUAUUGGGGGUUGUAGUAGUAUUUAUAUGUAAUUCUGAAUAUUUUAUACUGUAUUUUAUAUUUUACCAGUCUCGGUGGCAUUUCUUUUUGUACCUGCAAUGAAGUAAUAAAUACCUGGAUGAGGCUUUGGUGUAGGGUAUCUUUAGAUUAAAAAAAAAAUGUUAAACUGGUGGUAUAAAAUCAUCCGUAUAAAUGUGAAAGUACUUUAGUGUUUUCUUCAACCCCAUUCAAAACACAUUUCCCAUUACUGGCUGAAAUAUCCCAUAGUACCCCAUCUGAAAGCAAAGAUUUCUUGUAUGAGUUAUGUGAAUCAUCUUUCUAAAGCAGCAGCAUGCUCGUGUAACAGAUGUCUUACAGGAUUAAUACUGUA